GUCACAAAGGCAGGGGGCGGGUGCGGAGGGAGGAAGCCGUGCUGCGGUUCUGAAGCGGCGGUGGCGGUAGCUUCCUGAGGGCGAAGCUCAACGGCGGGCGCCUCCUUCCUCCUUUCCUUGCCCCGGGCCUUUCCCCCGCAAUGAGUGCGGACGCAGCUGCGGCUCUGUGAAGCGAAGGCCGAGGCCUGGAGGCAGCGCUCUGGCGAAGGGCCGCUGAAGAGGAGGAGGAGGAGGCCCCUCCCCCGCCUCUCUCUCUCGCUCUCUUGCGCCCUCUGCCGGCGUCUUUAUAGUGCCACUUAUGCGGCAACCCAGAUCUUUUCCUGAGGUACAAUGAUCACAAUCUGAGAUUUCAUUCUUGGAGAUCAGAGUUAUCUAGAAUGGCCAGCAAGAAAGAACCUCCUUUCUUCAAUGAAGAUACUAUUGGAACAUGCCAUUGUGAACUUGCUUUCUAUGACAUUAUGGAAAUUAUAAUUGAAACUCUCACAGGAACAUGCUUUGAACUGCGAGUAUCUCCUUUUGAAACAGUUAUUUCUGUGAAAUCUAAAAUUCAGAGACUGGAAGGUAUUCCUGUAUCCCAGCAACACUUAAUAUGGAAUGAUGAAGAGCUGGAAGAUGAUUAUGGUUUGAAUGAUUAUGAAAUUUCAGAAGGUUGUACUUUGAAACUGAUAUUGGCAAUGCGAGGUGGACCUAUUAAUACUAGAAGGGUUCCUGUGGCAGAUCCCAUUAGGGAAAUAACAGAAUACAUGGAUCCCAGCCAAGAUGACCUCUGGGAGAAGAUCCCAUCCAACAAUCAUGCUACCUUCUUGGUGUAUCGGGAAGGAGAUCAGCUGAACUUCUUCCGUAUUGUAGACAGAGGAGAUGGAACUUUAACACCAAUUUCUGAAUCUUUGAGUGCUGGUUCGGUUUAUAAUUUGUGUACUGAAAACAACGAAGAUAAAGAGCCAUGUCCUUCUAGUCAGCAGAUGAUUGAGAACUCCAUCACAAUGAAUAAAAUGAAGCUGCUCAAGAUGAAGAUGGAGAACAUAAAUCUCAGCAAAAAACCCAAUAGAAUUUUUAAAGUGAAUCCUCAUCCUCCAAAUGCUCCACGUUCAUCUAAUGGCUCUGUGACAAGUACGCAUCGUAAAUCAUUCCGAACACUUCCCCACAUACCUUCUGAUAAUUUACUUUCUUCAGAAACAUCUCAAAAGACACUUUCAGUUUUGCCGGCUGCUGGUAGGAGAAUGCCUUCCAUUUCUAGCAACUUUAUUACAGAAAACAACAGAAUGGAAAGUAUUCCACAGUCUCAGUCAAUUAGCAACAUUGCAACACCACAGAAAGUAACAUGUGUACAAAAAGAAGAUACAACAAUAUUUACAGACACAGUUCUUCCAAUUCUAGCGCCACUUAAAAGUACAGAAAAAAAUACAGAAACUGGUGUAUCAACAAAUGAGAAAGGUUCUUUUUUAUAUCCAGAUAUCUCAAAUGUAAACCUAUAUGCUACAGAAGAAAAGGUUCUAGCAAACACGGAUGUUUUAACCUUGCUAGGAGAACCAAACUUUACUGAAGCAUGCAGUGAAUUGUAUGGAACAGGAAAAGUGAAUACAGAACACAGAUUAUCUGAGGAAGAUGUAGGCUCUUCCAUUGCAGAGCAUUCUAACGAGUCCAUUACAAAACGUCUAACCAUUACAGCAGCAGAUAACACUAUUCUUAGUUCUCAUGACAUCAGUUGUCAGAGAAAUGCACAACGAUCACCUCUUCACUGCACAAAUUAUUCAGCACCAAUUGUACGUUACAGCCCUCAGAAACCUCAAAUUCAGUCCAAAUGUUUAGAAGUUGGUAACUUGAAGCCUGUUGCCUCUCCAAAUAUCCUACAGCCAUUGGAGGUGCAGAACUCAGUAGAUUCCUCUUAUCCAAGGACUUCUAGAUUUCAUUGUGAUGCACAAUCAAAGCACUCUGUUAGCAAAAGACCUGAAACCCAUUCUAAAAAGAAGACAAGGGAAAUCACAGGAGUGCCAGUGAAAGCAUCCAAAGAUCCUGUUUUUUCUGUAAAUAAUGGGGGAUUUCUUAGUUCGAUGACUCAAAGCACAAACAGAAAUGGGUUGAAGAAUUCCUGUGGUACAGGCAGGUUUUGGACUUCUGGUACUCCAUUAACCACAGAUCUCCAGCAUUUUCAAGAAGAAAGAUUUAGCUUGGUCCCUUCCUACGAUGACAUGUCUGGAUACCUUUUGUCAUCUGGAGUUGGAUUGAAUGGAAAUAUUGUGAAUACUGGGAAAAGAGCAAUAGGUGAUCCAACUCAUUUUCCACCAGUGAAUGGUUCAGCUCAGUCUAAAAAGAAGAUUACAAAUCAUUGUUUCUUUUGUGGAAAGAAAACUGGAUUGUCUACUAGCUAUGAAUGUAGAUGUGGAAACAAUUUCUGUGCCACUCACCGCUAUGCAGAGACUCACACAUGUACCUAUGACUACAAGAAUGCAGGGCGGAGGUAUUUGCAGGAGACCAAUCCCGUCGUCACAGCACCAAAGCUCCCUAAAAUCUAAGCCCAGUUUUGUAGCACGCAUAUGUUUCCUGGAGGAACUCUUAUCAUAUUGAGACUUGUUUGAGCUGCUUUUCUUUUGCUGUGUUCCCCACCUAAAGAUGAACUAGUAACAAUAUCAUAUGAUGCUGCAUAAUAUUGAAGAAUAAUGUGAACCCUUUUGCUGCUGACAUAUUUUAUUCUUUAGCGAAUCAAAAUUUAAAGACUGUUUUUUGAAAAUGUAUAUUCUGAUCUAACUAAUAUUAUUAUAUCUCUUGUGUUAAUUGUUUUAUAUUUGAACCCCUUCCUUUUGUUAGAUAAGUCUUUUACAGGUUAUAUUUUACUAAGUUGUAAGAUAUAUAUUUUCUGAUGAAAUUUGGGACGGUGUUGUUAUAUUUUGCAUUUUUUCACUCCAAAAUACCUAAAAUUGUUUUAGUAAGAAGUUCCUCAUUAUAUUGAACCAGCUAUUUGAAAAUGUAGGGAGUGCUGAAUUCCACUCAGAUUGUCCGUCAUAUACUGUGUAUCCACUAUGAAAGGAACAUCUAUUUAUCCCAGUAUUUCUUACCUGAUGUUUUGGGGUUUUUUUUUUUUUUAGAAAAGACAAAAAUUCUCCUGUCAUUAAAUAGAAAAAAAUAUUUCUUUUAACAUUUGUAACUAUUUUUAAAAGACUUUGAGCUUGAUGUGUUCAAAACUUUGAUUAUAUUACCAUAAAAAUAAUAAAUAUUAACUAUUCACAUAAAGAAACUCACCUACUCUUUUCCAUUAUCCUUGGAAAUAAGGUCAGUCAUUAAGGAAUUCUAUUCCCAGUGCUUUGUUUUAAAAUUUACCAAAGAUGGCAAAUCACUGGUAAAUGCUGUACUGGCUCCCAAAGCAUUGCAAGUCAUUUCAAUCAGUCUUGAAAUGAGUAGCCAAUUAAUGACCAAAACAAGCAUUCAGCUCUGAAAAGAAAGAACAAAAAUCAAGCAAUACAAUAGUCUAAAUGUUUAAAUAGCCAUAAAACACAAAAGCAAUGUUCAUUUAAAGGUCAUAUAGAGAAAAAAGAGAAGGAAAAUAAGAGAGAAAAAAACAAUUCAAACAUACCAGCUUCUCAAAUUCCACAUCAUUCCACCAGGAAGUGUUUCUAUCUAGUUUUAAGAACAAUAGUUAUGCUCACAUUCAGCAGCUCAAUCUGGUUUCAGCCACCCAGGUAAAACAAAGUGUUUUGUUUUCAUAAAGGUAUGUACACUAUUUUUAUUCUUCUCGCCUUAAUUAAUUUCUUUAGUAAAUAAUGCUUUAUUUAAAAAAUAAAAAAUACUCUAUUGGGAAAAUGGUUUACAUGUACACUUGCAUCUUUGCCCCUCUGCACUUUUCCCAAAUUGCCUUCAAUUCAAGGUAAAUUCAAUGCAGUUGCAACUCUGCAAACACAGGCUUACCCAUAUAUUCCACAAGGCAAAAAGAAUUCUCCAGAGAAGUUAGAUCUUAUGUUUGAAAAUGUAAGAGGGGAGGAUGGAUUUCUUUAAAUUUGCUCUGUUCAUAGUAUUUUUCUUUAGAAAGUCACUCACUUUGGUCCUUCUACACCAGGAGGGAAUUCUCUGCUGGUAGUCACCAUGAUCUGCAUCCCCUUCGUGGCAGAUUCACAAUUAAUGGGGAGAAUACAUCAAUCCAGCAACCCAGACAUCUCAGAAAUGACUAAUAAUAGGGCUUGAUACUUGUUCACUAAUCCCAAUUGAUCUGUGGCUACUUUUUCCUUGAAAUUGUAAAAACGUGUAGGAUAUCAGAACAGCAUGGAGACUCCAUUAUUCUUUCACUGCACUUCAAACAUGGCAGAGCUUUAAUGCAAUCUAUCCUGGUCAGCAGACUGAAGCAGAAGACACUCCAUACAUUCAUGAGAGGCAUUUUCCAUCAUAUGUUACUCAAGUCUGUGUUGGCUUUUCUCCAAACCAAGCCUCCUCACUGUCAUAAAAAUUGAACACACAUUACCCACUUUUUUAAAAGCAAGUGACAAAGAACAAGAAACAGAGUAAGCCAUAUUCAGUACCUCUUUUUCUUCCUUGCCCUCUCUUUAGCUAUAAGUUUUAAGCAGCUUUGACAAUGAGAGACUGGUGAAGGAGAGCAAGAUGGCAUCUAUGCUGGUUGCAGCAAUGUGUCUGCGAUACACAAAACAAUAAAGUCUCAGCUAGGAAAUAGCAUAGCUAUGUGUGCUUGCGCUUAACAGGUCAGAUAAGUAACUGCCUCCAGAAUCUCUUACUGAGUAUGUGUGAGCAUGAAAACAAAUUGAGAAAAUAGAUGAGCAUACUUAUAGCUCUGUGUUCACGAGUAGGCUUAACAAAAUAAAAAAAUCAUAAGAAACAUGGAGGCUGUUGAAAAAAUCCUCCUUGGAUGUAUUUUGGAGAAAGCUUUCUGAUAAUCUCUAGAAACUUUUUGAAGAAAAGGUUUACUUAUGCAAGGCAUACCCAGCCUGUUUGUUUCAUUUCACAAAGUGCAUAUUAUUCAUUUUAAAUAAAGGAUUUUCUCAAACA